GGAUAUUGUUGUAGAAAACAAGGCUGUCUUGAGGAGAAUGUGUGAUAUAUUCAGCUCAGCCAUGACAACAACAGACGGCAUGAGAAAAAUACACAAUAUGAUUGUGAUUAGUUUCUUGUACAAUAUGAAAACAACCUUGAAUAGGGAUUUCGAAGAGUUUUAUCCUUCUGAUAACUAUAAAGAGGUACCAACUUGUAUUGACGAAGUGAAGAAAAUUUUCAAGUGGACACUGAACGAAUAUCACGAUUAUUCUGAUAUAAGUGAGAGUAUGAAAAAAGAG